CUUUUGGGUACAAUUCGACAGGACCGCUACUUGACUUUUUAGAAUCGCUGUCCUGAUGUCAGACCGGAAAGCAGAGUUAGAGCGAAAAAAAGCAAAGCUUCUUGCUAUGCGAGAGGAAAAAAGAAAAGAGAGGAAAUAAAGAAAACUGGUAUACACGAUGCUGAAGUCUCAGACAUACGUCAAACGACUGAGGAAUUAUUAAAAGAUCUUGGCCUACCUGAACCCGUAGUACCUCAGGCUAGUAACAUACGUGAACUAGAAUCACCGUCUCUUGAUACGAUUGAUGGCAUGCUCCAACGUAAUUCCAAGAAACGGAAGAAUCUGCAAGUUUCCGAUAUUUUUGAGGUUGCGAUUCCUCCUCCGGAAACCAUAAUUUAUAGCAAAGAAACUCAGACUCUAGAAGAACCUCAAGAACGGGAAACAGGUCGUUCAACUGAUUAUUAUGUAUUAACAUACGAUGAAGGUAAUCGUGAUGAAGUGGAUGCCAAUGCUGCGUUAGCGGAACUGGAAAAGAUGCCUCAUAUCGGUGUCACUAAAACUGGACAAUCUCGUGGAAUAUUAGAUAAAAUUGAUGGAAUACGGACAAGUACUGAUGGUGUUGACGAGAAUACCUUAAAUGAUAUUCAACGUAAUGAUAUUAUCCCAAUGUCAGAGGAGGAAAAAGCUCAAUUAUUAUCAUCCGAUGCUUUUCUACGCUUUUUUGAACGUUCUUCACGUAUAAUUGAACGAGCGAUUUGUCAUCCAGAUGAAGGUAUCUUUUUGGAUUAUUCCGGUCAAGAUCUUGAAACUGAAGAGUCUGAUGAAUUGUUAACUGUAUCGAAUGAAUUUUUUGAUGAAAGAUGGUCUAAACAUCGUACAAUCACUGGUUUAGAUUGGUCAACUAUAUUUCCAGAAUUAUUACUUGCAGCAUAUCAUAUGAAUGAAGAAGCUGUUCAUGAACCUGAAGGUGUUUGCUUAAUGUGGAAUAUGAAAUAUCCAAAGAAAUUAACACCGGAAUUUAUAUUUCAUUGUCAAUCCCCAGUCACAUCGGCUAGUUUAUCACGUUUCCAUCCAAACAUUGUAGUUGGUGGUACUUAUUCUGGACAGAUUGUCUUAUGGGAUAGUCGAGUCAAUAAACGAACACCAGUUCAGCGUAGUCCAUUAACAUCAUGGGCUCAUACCCAUCCAGUAUUUGCAAUUACACUAAUUGGUACUCAGAAUGCCCACAAUAUUAUUAGUUUAGGAUCGGAUGGCUCAUUAUGUGCAUGGAGUUUAGAAAUGUUAGCACAACCACGAGAGAAAAGUAAAGUUUGUGAAAUGUCUUCUGGUGGUCUGUUCGAUCUUUAUCCUACAUGUAUGUCAUUUUUUGCUAAUGAUGUGAAUAAUUACGCUGUUGGUGCUGAAAAUGGUAAUGCUUAUUGUGGACAACGGCAUAGCAGUCGUACGGGUGUUGCUGAAGAAACUUCACGUCAUGUUCCAUAUAAAGGACAUGGUGCACCUCUUACAGCCAUCUCUACUCAUCCAAGUCCUGGUGCUUUUAGUUUUUCAUCGCUGUUUCUUACUGCAUCAUUAGAUUGGACUGUACGUUUAUGGUCUACACGUGAACAUAAACCUAUACAUACAUUUGAUGAUUAUUCGGAUUAUGUUUAUGAUGUAUGCUGGAGUCCUAUACAUCCGGCUGUAUUUUCCGCUGUUGAUGGUACUGGAAAUUUAGAUAUAUGGGAUAUGAAUCAAGAUGCUGAAAUUCCUGUGGCUCGUCGCAAAUUAGGAUUAUCAAGCAAUGUAGACACAUCUUCAUCGUCAUCAUCUGGUCUAGUUGGUGUUGCUUUAAAUAAAUGCCGUUGGAAUAUUGCAGGCACACAUGUAGCUGUUGGAGAUGAUACCGGCCGUGUUACUGUUUGUAAUGUUCACGAAAGUCUUUCUCAACCUGCCACUGAUGAUUGGUCUAGUUUCGCACAUGUAUUAUCUGAUCUUAAACACUAUGAAAUGGAGCCAGAAGUAGAAACAGAAGCAUAAUCUUGGUUUAAGGCCUGAUUUUCUCUACUUUUUUUGUAUUUCUGUGAAUCAUACAUACCUCUUCUAUGUAACACCAAUCAGCUUCAAUCUUAUUUUAGGUUGUUUUGAGAACUGAAGUCGCAUUUGUAAGUUGACAUUAACAUAUUUGGUUUUCAAGACAAUUGAUAAAGUACUUUAAUAUAGGGGUUCCGUUUAAAAAAUAUCUUUAAAAGGCUGUGUUGGGUUUCUUUCUUUUUUUAAAAAAAAACUUAUAUGACUUGUAUUUUGUUUUAUUUUGGUUCUGUCUAAUUAUGUAAGUAGUUUAAGAUGACAGUGUGCAAUGGAGUUCUCAAUUUCCUCACUUCUAUUCAAAUUUUUGUUAUUUGUGAUAAUGCUCUUAAAUUUCAUAAUAUUUUGUCUGACUCGGUUACUUUUGAUGCUUCCUUAUAAUUAUCAUAAAUAAUACUGAAUAAUGAAAA